UCGGGGCGGGGGGCGGGGUUUAAUGCCGGCUCUGCGCGGAGUUGUUGACGGAAGUGGCCUGCUGCGCUGAAGCGAGGCGGCUGCUGCCUGAGCGAGACCCUGGCUCUGCGUUAGCAAAGGGCCAGUUCUGACACUUCUCAUCUCCAGCGAGGCUCAUUUCUCUUGAAUCACCUUUUUUUGCUCUCACUGGGUUGAUCUGCAGCUGACACAAGCAGUUUCCCCAAAACAGAACAGAUUUUGCUGGUCAGGAACUUGGUUGCAUGGGAAGAAGCUGGAACCACUGGAGUUGCAGAUUGGCCUCUGUCAGAUAUAUGGUAAAUAAAAUGAAGCCGGCUACAGCACAUUAUUUGAUUCUGGGUUGUGUUUGUCUGGCUUUCUAUUCUGGGUGUACUUCCUAUAAAUUCCUGGAAAGUGAGCACCAUCCUCACACUUGGAAAAAGCUGUUCCUUGUUCAUCACUGGCCCGUGACCGUAUGCAAGAUGAGUGAGAAUGACUGCAAAGAUCCCCCCCAGUACUGGACAAUUCAUGGACUAUGGCCUGAUAAAGUAGACGAAUGUAAUAGAACAUGGCACUUCAAUGUGACUGAAAUUAAGGAUCUCUUGCCAGACAUGAGACACUACUGGCCUGAUAUACUCCAUUCAUCUCCUAAUCGCACCCAGUUCUGGAAGCAUGAGUGGGAGAAACAUGGGACCUGUGCAGCCACAGUGGAGCCUCUUAAUUCUCAAAAGAAAUAUUUUGGUAGAACAUUGGAUCUCUACCAAAAACUUGACCUCAACAGUUGUCUCCUGAAAGUUGGGAUAAAGCCAGGCAGUACCUAUUACCAGCGCUCUCUGGCUUUUAAAUCUUCAGAUGACAGCCAUAAAAGAAGCCCUUACAAGUGUUUAUGGAGUAACACCAAAGGUUCAGUGCCUUCCUCCAGAAGAGAUGCAACCUUGAGAUCCCAGCCGUCCUUGUUACCAACGGCCGAAAAGCUGCAAAGACUCAGGAAGCAACUGUGAAGAAGCAAGGAGGACCUUCUGCAUGGAGUUAUGCAGCAGUCCCUUACUGACAAUAAAGUACAGGAGUGGCAGGAGACCAAAAGGAGGGUCUGCUUGGAGAAUGCGGAUUGCUGGCAACAAACCAUGGAGCAGCUCCUAAGCAUUAUGGAGCGCCAAGCAGACUCGAUGUAGGCGCUCAUAGCACUGCAUAGGGAGCAGAUCCGUGCCCCCUCUCUCCGCAGCCCUUGUCCCCAAACUCUUUCUCCUGUGCUCCCAUGUUACCCCAACCCACUUUCCCAGACAUCUGGUUUCUUAUCGGCACCAGCUGCCUCCAACACCUUUAGCUUCACUGCCCAGCCCUGCAAACUACGACCCUUACCUACUGCACUCAACCCCCAUCACCAUACAUUUUAGCCAGCUUGAAGUGCAGCACUCAUUGCACGGCACUCCAGACAAGAAGACUGAAAAUGAUAAUAGAACAUAGGCAAAUCUGUGAUUGUUCCUUUCCCCACCCUGCCCCUUUCCCUCCUCCCACAUAGCACAGAUGUGUCGUGCCAUGUGUGUUUCUCCAGCAGUUGUUUUCUUUUCAAUAAAUGAAUUUUUUGGUUUUGGAAA